AUGGUUGUCAAACGGCUUCUCAUUGAAGCUUCCUCCUCGUACGAAGCUCAAUUUUUAACAGUUCCAGUGAAUUCUACUGAAGUCAUUGUAUUACAGUCGGACAUCGGGGUAUGUCAGCUUCAAAUUUUCAUUAGGGAUUUCGAAGGAAGUGAACCUCACCGAGACAACAGUAAAUACAACUUCGCUGAUGACGCCGCUUCAAAUGAAGAUGAGGAUUCGAAGGGAAGGAUCCAAGCAGAUACAUUGCCCAAUUUAAGAAUUCUCAUUAAAUUUAAUCCGGCAAGACCAAUGAAUGGGUCCGAUCUUGUAUUCGGAAAUGAAUCCCUAACACCGAUCAAAGAUUACGUCCCUGUCUCCCUAUUGUCGACUGGCUUGAAGUUUUUCUCGUGGUGGUUAAACCCUUCUGUGAAGGGUGAUUUGUAUAACAAUAUGCCUUUUUUAUUCGGUCUCGCUUUGAAUAGCUUUACUAAGAUUUAUGCUGAAGAUCAUUGUAUGCAAAAGGGUGACAAACUAUACCCCCUAGAUGAUGAUACAGAGAACUUAGGAGACGUUAGCUCUUUAGACAUUCCAGAUCACUGCACCGCAAGAAGCAAGUAUUUUUCCGAUACUGCGAAAGCAGCUGAAUUCAUUUUUGAUCAAGACCACGAUUACACUUUUCAGUUCGACACCAAUUAUGUCAAAUUGGCUAAUUCUCAAUAUAAGCUACUGAUUCCUACUUAUGGGACUAAGUCGCUUGACAUAGACGUAGGAGGUUACGCGAACGACAAGUUGAACAGCUUCAACUGGGUUCUUAAGGAAUUCGGGCUAGAUGGCGCUAAAAAAGGUCACAUUGGGCUUAUAAUCAGAUUCAGUUUGGUCGAUGAAGAAUGA